GCAGAUGACCCAGAUCCAGAUGCCGGCAGAUGCACUGAGAUCCUUCGCAACUAGCAUCUCCGACGACAUUUCUUUUGCAGCUGACAUCCAGGCGGCUAUGAUUGAAUUGUCCUCCAGGGUGCAGUAUCGGACCGAAGUGCUUGCUACAGCUUUGGAGAAUGUUGGUCAGACAGUCAACGGCGUGCAGGAGGGCUAUGGAAACAUGGUCCGUGGUAUGGAGAAGCUUCAUGCCGACCUGCAGAGACAGCAAGAAGUCAUCCAAGGCUUGGUGGAUGCCAAAGCUAGAGGUGAUAUGGAAGUGCGCGCAACAAUGGAACAGAUGAGGAAUGAGGUGAAGCAGAGCUUGGAAAUGCAAGUCCAGGAUCACGCAAGUCACCAGCGGGAGUUGAAUGGAUUCCUGCAACGGGAGGCAGCCAUGAGUGCCAAGAUGGAAAUGCUUGAAGCACAGGUUGCCAAACUUCGGGACCUCAUGAAAGCCCAGGACAUCAGACUGAACUGCCAGGCGGAAGCCCUGCAGCAGACCGUAGCCGGGCAGACUGGGGCGUCGCGUUCAGCCACAGGUGAUAUGCUAGUGGAAGAACUUCGGGCUCGGGUGGACAGCUUGAGCAAUCAGACAAGUCAUGUGGCAGAGGCCGCAGAGACCUUGCUAGCCAGGGUGGCCAUGAUCGAAGAAGAUUCUUGGAAGGAGGCAGUUCAGGAGGAGUUGGGACAACUGAGGCAAGACAUGGACGUGUUGGUGGAAGGUGCUAACGACCGUGCUGCUCAUUUCCCUUUGACCCCGGACGCUUACUGCCAGGAAGCGAGUGGUCAGCCGCAGUUCGACGCCGACGAGGCCGAGAAUGAAUGGUGGGGUUGGCAGGGCAACAACAGGGAGAAGAUGGACAAUCACUAUGCGUGGCGUGAAGACCUUGGGUGCCAGAAUGCUUGGGGACUCACGCCGCCGCCGGGGCUGGUGUGUGAGGAAGUUGGCCAUCCUGGCCGGCAAACUCCUACGUUCCCGGGGCUGGUGCGCGGAGAAGAUGGCCAAUAUGGUCAGAAUGCGCCUACAGACUCGGGGAUGGUGCGCGGGGAAGAUGGCCAGCAUGGUCAUAGUGCGCCAGCAGGCGCGGGGCUGGUGCGCGGGGAAGAUGGACAGCAUGGUCAGAGUGCGCCUUCAGGCUCGGGGCUGGUGCGUGGAGAAGAAGGCCAUGUUGGUCCGGCUGCGCCAACGUCGCCGGGGCUGGUGCGUGGAGGACGUGAGACGAGCGAGAAAUCUAGACAAGAUGAUCGCAUGGAAACCGACAAGGAGCAGUGGAAGGUGCUGACGGACAUCCCAAACUUUGACUUCUCAGGCAAAACUCCGUGGGAGCUGGGAAUGUCUUAUACCACUUGGAAACGUCAACUGUGUACGGUUGCGGGAACAGCGUCUGGGAAGUUCCAAUCCUUUGUGGAAGCUUGUGUGGCCGAAGCAGAGAUGAGAUACCAGUGCAAAGCUCAGGACCGGGAGAUGCCCGCCCUGGGCUCCUACAGCCGUUACCCUUCGGGAUAUGCAGGACGACUUGUGGUGCAAUUGCUAAGAGUGCUCCCAGAGAGGAUCACUGCCCCAGCUAUGGAGAUGACAAGUUCAGCCAAUGAGAUCCACCCCGUGCAGAUCUUGGAGGAGUUAAGUGGCCAGGUGCAACCAGGAGGUUGCUCAGAGCAAACGAGCUUGACCAAGUUCAUACGCUCUCUUGAGCCGGCUGGUUCAGCAACCGAGGCGGUUCAGGUGCUACGCCGGUGGAAACUGGCUCGCUCCAGGAUCCAGAGCCUGGGGUUGCCGGAAGCGGCGCCAUUUGAGCUGCUCAAAGGUCUCCAAACCCUUAUUGCCAGGCUAGAAAAGAAGCAUGAUUCACUGAGGACAAGGAUGUCUCUUUGCAGAUUGGACACGUCGAUACAGCUGGGAAAGGCUCAGGGUGUCGAACUCAUGCUGGAGAAUAUCGAGAGAGAACUCCGAUUGUUGUCGGCGGACGAGUACUCGAAGAGCAACACCUCAGGCGAGCAUGAGAUCAGCUUGGCGAACAAAGGUAAAGGAAAGGGAUUCAAAGGCAAGGGCAAGGAUGGAACCAAAGGGGUCAAGGGCCAAGAGGACAAGAAGAAGAUACCGUGUCCGUUCCUACAGAAGGGCAGUUGUUCCUUCGGAGAUCGCUGUUACUACAAGCAUCCUGACGCAUCGCAUCAACCUCCGCCUACGAAUCCCAAGACAGAUGCUCAGAGGAAGAAAAUUCCGUGUCGGAACCACAAGAAGGGCACGUGCAAAUUUGGGGACAAGUGUCGAUAUCUUCAUGAGGAUGCAGCUACAGCCAAAGCAGCAGCCAAAGCCAGUGGAACCCUGAUGGGAGUGGAGAAGGGAGCAGCAGCAAAAGCCAAAGCUUCAGCCGCAGUUCCCAAGGCCUCGUCGGUGGUGUUGGCCAGUGUGUGCAAGAUGGCUCGCUCAGAUCUUCUAGAGGAUGAGAAUUCUCCAUCGAGCUCCGAUUCAGAGAUGACUCAUAUCAGCGAGGCUGCGUCAGAUGAAUCCACAGCAAGCUAUGCGCGACAGAGCCAGGAUGAGUUCUCAGAGGAGGAAUUUCUUGACACAGGUCCUCAGAGAAAUCCCUUGUGGAGGCUUCACAUGAGGCCGGACGAGUUCUUGGAGUGGCAGAGAGGACAGAUCAUGUCGGCGCCGAGGGAUUUCCAGAUGGUAACAGACGGCCUGGACGUAGCGGUGGGGGUAAUGGUCAACGUUGCUCACUUGGACCAAGGACUCCCAGCAUAUAACAUUCCAAUUGAUGAAGAACAAGAGAUAGUGUCGGUGCAUGACGUGUUGAUCAUGUGUGAGGACAAUGUUGCAAGGCCCGGAGUCAUUGCAUGGCUGUUAGAUCUUGGCCCCUCGCGAAAUGAACUUUUCUUGGCUGCGAUUGAGAGCCCUCGUCCUCCGAAAGUACGCCAAUCCAGAGCGACAGGAUCCCAGGAUCCGUUGCCCGCAGAACACAUGAGGCCCCAAUCCGGGGAUCCUUAUUCCGAGGACCUUUUGAGAAUGAGCAUAGUGGACAUCUUGGAGCAGGUAGACUUCAAGGAGGGAGCCGCAUACUUUGAUUCUCUGGGUGUUGAGAUUGUUCACGAUUUGGUGUACUUGGAGGUGGAACAUUUCCAUGGAAUCCCGGAGCUUGCGAGGAUCAGACUAUUGGAGCUGAGGGGAGCUUUGAUGGGAAGUGGUUCUUCGCAAGGGUCGCAAGCCAGAAAGGCCCAGGCCAUGACAGGAGAUGGAGACGUGGGGGUGUUGCUAGACUCUGGAAGAUCUACCCUGUGCGGCCUGUGCAAGUUGGUAGACAUCGGGGCGACCUUCACAUGGUCGCCGAAGGGGGCUGCCUUGAAGCUACCUCCGGAAGUGGGAGAUCAUUGGGCCACAGUGCAGGUGAACUCAGACUCCGAGCCAGUCAUAGCGACUCAGGAGGAGAGUCAAAUCAUCGAAUGGGAUGAGAUGGGAAGGGCAGCUAUGGCUCAGGAAGAGGCGGUGGCUCACAGAGCUGUGGACGCCAAAGAUGGAGAAGAGUUUGCUAAGGCCCUAAUGGGGAAGGAGAACCUCACGUAUGUGGACAUUGCCGAUGUGGUAGCGAGAGCAAGAUUGCCGUGCGCCAGGACUAAUAGAAUGAACAAGAUCCAGAACGCUGGCAAGCAGGUGAACCUAUGGGUGUUUGGGGCAUGGAGUGUUGGCGGUUUGCGAGGAGUAACAUCGAUCACCAAGGAGAGACCCUGGCUCACAAAGAUCUUGACGAAAUUCAUUUCUUCUCAAACGUCGGUGCCAUUCCUAUCAUUUGUCGUGUCGCAGGACGUGGUGUUUAAACCACACCAAGAUCCGAACGACGCUGCCUUUGACAAUGUGGUAAUCGGAUUUUCAGAACACAAAGGAGGAGAAGUGUGGAUCGAGGCAGACGAUGAGUCCAAAUUGAAGCCGGAAGAGAUUGCUUGGAGAAUGGUGAAAGCUGGUGGGGAGCCCCUGGCCGGAACACUUCAGCCUACAAGCGGAGGAAAAGUAGUCAUAUUCAAUGGCCGGAAGUAUCACGGCACAGAGCCGUAUGAAGGAAGUCGGAAAGUUCUUGUGGCUUAUGUUCCUCGAGGCUGGAAAAAUCUUGAUGAGAAGGACCAAGCGGCCCUCGAGGAUUUGGGCUUCAAAGACUAUGAUAUGGGGAUUGAGGUUGAGUUCGGGGAAGAAGAGAGUUUAUGCCAUGCUGCACCAGCGGCGCCCGAGGGAAGACUUGCUUCCGAGGCUUUUGAUGAGGCGCCGGAUCUAGAGCUCCCAGACUCAUCUUUUGUGACGCUCGAGAGGGAGACAGAGGACGAUGAGGCUGCCAGGCGUAAGACUUUUCAGGAACUGGCGGCACAAGGGCUCCGUCAUCCUCAUAGACGGGUCAAACCGGCAGACAUAGCUUUGGGAUCUUUAGCAAUUGAUAUUGCCGGACCUUACAAGGAGAGCUUUGGCGGUUACAAGUAUUUUGUAGUGGGCAUUUUUACUUUCCAAGUUGAGGGUAUGGGCUUGGCUUUUGCAGUUCCCGCUACAAACCGGAAAGUGGAAACAAUAUUGGGGGCUACAGAGAUCAUCCUUGCUCAACUGUCGGCUAUCACGGGGACAAAGGACAGCGUGGUGAGACUACACAGCGACAACGGUCUUGAGCUGGUCACGAGUCGUUUCAAUGAGGCAAUCAACAAGAAAGGAAUUUUUAGAACAACGACGGUGCCAUAUAACCCCUCAUCAAAUGGGAGAGCUGAGAGGCAAGUUCAGGCCCUGAAACGAGGAGCGCUUCAAUUCUUGAUAGAAGGCGGAUUGGAGCGAAGAUUUUGGCCGUUUUGCGUCAUGGAGGCUGCAGCUUGCCAGAGAGAUAUUGCCUUGGGAAUGAGGGUUCCAAAGUUGGUUCCUGGGGACACCGUGGCGAUUAAACUGGAUCAUGUUGAGGCCUUUGAACCGCGAGCGGAGCGAGCAGUGUUUUUGUCCCGGAAUGCUUCUAUGUCGAAAGGGGCGUUUGUGCUGGUGACUCGCAAUGGAAGUCACAGAUUGAUGAGGGUACGGGCGCCUGUGAAGUUGGAAGCCGAUGAUGAGAAGUGGAGGGUAGCUAGCCUGGAUGGAAAGAAGUUCUGGGUGUCAUCCAAGGGAUCUGUUAAAGAAAUGGAUUCCGAGACCAUCGAUGAAUUGCCUACCUUGGAAGAGCGAGCUCACGGACCUGUGGAUGGGGACUUGGUUUUGGGGGCACGCUUAGGCGAAGGAGCCGUGGUGGCAAAAGUGGCGCAAUCUAAUGAGCCGAAGUCAUGCGACAAGUAUCACGUGGAGACCUUUGAGGAGGAGGCUGAUGCAGAAGAACAAGAAAGGAUUUUAAAUGUUUUGGCUAAGCAAAAGGCUGGAGCUGAAACAGUCAGCGCCAAGGUGUUCACAACGGGGACGGAGGAGGCACAGCAUCGUUGGUUCUUAGCUGCUCAGAAGGAGGUGGCUUCGAUGGAGGAGAUGGAAGUAUGGGAUGAGCUCCCGGAAAAUCCUUUGGAGCUGCGUGAGCACUUGGGAUUGAAGCAAACAGACGAAAUCCCCGCGAUCCUGCCGAUGUCUCUGGUGUGUACGGAGAAGCCGGUGCUGAUGCAGCAGGACAAGCAUGUGUUACAACAAGGCGCAGCCAUCGCAGCUGAACAGGCGUCUGCAGCGAUUCUGGAGAGAGUCAGGCUGGUGGUGUGUGGCAACUAUGAAGACACAUCUGGCAUAGAUACAUCUGCUUACGCGUCGUCGAAUGUGGAUGUGAACUGCUUGAGGGUGAUGUAUUCGGAGUUGGCCAAUCAUCAAGAAUGGGAGGGAAUGGGAUUCGAUGUGAGUCAUGCGUUCCUAUACUCGGAUCUUAAAUCCAAAAACACCAUCUUAAUGCGACCUCCGAAGAUUCUUCAAACGCUGGGGCUGAUCAAGCGGGGACGGCUUCUUCGUGCGAAAAAGGGCAUUUACGGACUUAGGUCGAGUCCUGUGUCUUGGGAGUUGGAACGAGACGUCCUGAGUGAAGCCACGUUACCGCCACUAGCAGAAGACGAUUUGCCUGGCUUGAAGGUCCAUGCGGUUUCGGACUAUGCUGGAAUGUGGGUGAUUAGAAGAGAAGACAAUCAGGAGAUUGUGGCGAUUGUCAGCAUGUUUGUAGACGAUGGGCUAGCCUUCGGGCUAAGGGAAGCUCUUCUGCGUUUCGGAGAACUGGUGGCCAAGAAGUGGAAGGUGAAGUGGCAAGGGGGCAAGAAAGUCUUCCUGUACUUCAUGAAGGAGAGCUUAGAGAUGAGCGAGAAGAUCCAAUACACCUCGCGGAAAACUGAGGCACAGAGGGAGUUGGGCAGUUUGCUUUGGCUGGCUACAAAGUCCCGAGGGGACAUAGCAGCAGUGAUAGGGGCCGCAGCCACUUGCUUGACUAGGGCACCCUCGGAGGCUCUCAGAAUUGCUAAAGGGACUUGGCGGUAUUUGCGAAACACUUGCUACAACUUCCAGCGUCUUGACAGGAUAUUCCGACGCCAGUUUUGCUCCGGGAGGGAGCAGAUCGAGAACAGGAAAGAUGGCGAGGCAAACGCAGGCUGA